AUGCAUUCUGUCUGGAGGCUCCUGGUCCUCCUCGGCUUGCUGGCCUUGCCCUCAGCCCUACAAAGGCCACAGCAGCCUGGCCUGGCCAAGACCCACACAGACAGCAAGUCAGCUCUGGCAAGAAUUAUUGCCCAGGGCCUCAUGAAGCACGAUACAGAGGGCCGAAUCCAGAACAUUCACCUCCUGGACAGUCUGAAUGCCUCUGGGCAGAUGGCCCCGGGGAUGGUGGGCUGGCUAAUCGGCAGCAUGAGCCUUCAUCGCGAUCAAGAAAGCAGUGCCAACAUUACCAACGCUCAGCUGGACUAUGGUGGGAUCCGGAUGUCUUUCCAUAAGGAGUGGCUCACAGCAAACAUCUCACUUGGAUUUGACAUUGACUUGAGACUGCCCUUCAAUAACCACAUCAUAAAGACACACGAACGCAUGAACCUCUCUGUGGAGUUCUGGCUGGAGAAAGAUGAGUUUGGCCGGAGGGAUCUGGUGAUAGGCAAAUGCCACGUGGAGCCCAGGAGUGUCCACACGACCUUCCUCACUGAAGCUAUCCCACCAAAGGUGAAUCCUUUUCUCCGCAACUUCAGAGACAACCUAGAAAAAGUUAUCCCACAUCUGAUAGAAAGUCAGGUGUGUCCUCUGAUUGACGAGAUACUCAGGCAGCUGGAUGUGAAACUGUUGAAAAGCCUCAUGGAACAGGAUAUUGCUUAUGAACUCAACCAACUUUGA